AUGGGGCAAUGGGCCAAGCUCGGGUUCCGCUGGGUCCACAGUCCAAAAACCACGGCACGAGUCAGGCCCAACUGUGGAGAAAUGAAGAACCUUGUGUACCUCGCCUCUUCCCGUUCGGCCCCCGGCCCCAAGGAUCGGCUUCCUCGAAUGGGGGCCCAGAAGCUCUUUAUCGUCGCCCAUGAAACGGACCAGGAGGCGGCACUCGACCACAUUAGGACGUGCUUCAGCAUCGAGGCUUGGUGGUUCCCAUUUGACUUUUGGGUAUCAAUGGAACGGACGGGCCGAACAUUUAAGGGUCGAACUGCGGAUUGGCCGACAGAGAUUCCAGAGGUGGGUCAGGUUUCUGGUAGUUUCUGGGUCGUCCGGCUUCAAACCACCAUGUCGCCCUCCCUCGUUGCAUUUUCUCUCCCUGACGGGAAGAGAUUCGCAGAGAAGCCCCCAGACUCGCUCGCCAGCGCCGAUUUGGUGUAUCUUUCCUAUUACUCGGAGGGUGAGGCAGGGACCUUCGCCGAACGGAGCAAGGAAAACUGA